UCGUUUGCUGCUAAACAUUCAGAGGCUGAUAUUCUUCUUGCUGAUGUAACGAAUAAAUAUUUUUAUUACACUCGCACUCGAGGAUUAUUUCGGAUCUGUUUUCCAAAAGAGAGACCACCAGUUAGUACAGUACCUACAUAUUUAUCACCAAUUGAAACACACUGCUCAAAUAUUGAUUAUUUUCCUGUACUGGAUGACGAUAAACUUUCGAAUGAAGAUGCUACAUCAAGGUUACAUCUAGCUAGAUCUUGUGUUGCUCUAUAUAUUAUAAGUUUCUUAACAUUAUUUUGUGCAUUUUGGACGGGACUUUCUGGAUGCUGGAAAAGGUCAUCUGGAGCAAUUACAGCAACGUCAAUAUUGCUAUUAGCAUCUUGUCUACUUGCGGCUGGUGCAAUGGGCUUAUGGCAUACUGUGGAAUUUUUUGAAAGAGAAAAGGUUGUCGGCGAAGAUUUUUUUCAACAAUGGAAUACGGUUUUAAAAGAUAAUACCAAAAUUGUGUACGAUUGGUCUUAUGCAGUGGCAUGGGCUGGAAUAGCAACAUGUCUUCUCGCUGCUAUUUUACUUUCUGGAGCUGCUGUAUGCCUACGAAAUGAACGUGAAAAAGAAGAGCAAUUAAACUUACAGUACUUGAUGCCAGUUUACUCGCAAAAACAGCCUCCUUAUCCACCAUAUGCUAACUAUGCCCAGCAUCAGAUAUAUCCCGGACCAUAUUAUCAUGGGUCUCAGUAUGGCCCUUAUAAUUAUUAAAUUUCAACAUUUUACUUAAACUGAAUAAACUACAAAAUAACUACUAAAAUAUUUAAGUCAAAGGCAAUAUAACGACAUGUACUAUGUUAGUUUUUAUUGCAAGAAAACAAAGUCUUGAUUUUUUGGUAAUAUGUCGCUCAACCAUACGAUUAUAAUCAU